CUGAGCUUUUCCGUUUCGAUUGGACCACAAGCUUUCAAUCGCUGACUUCUUAAAUGCUCUCGAUGGUUGUCCAAAUUUCUGUCAACAGUCACGACUAUUGGGACGGACUUGUAACUCGCAGGGCUGCUGCUGCCAGACAGUCCUUCCGGAUGUCCAAGUACAAAGUCUUUGUGAUGAGGCAUGGAGAAGGAGCCUGGACCAAAGAGAACCGCUUCUGCAGCUGGGUGGACCAGAGGCUGAGUGAGGACGGGGUCAAGGAGGCUUUGGCGUGUGGUCACCUCCUGAAGGAAGCAGGCUACCAGCUGGAUGUAGUAUUUACCUCCCUGCUCAGCCGAUCCAUCCACACAGCCUGGCUGUUGUUGGAAGCCAUGGGGCAGGAGUGGGUCCCCGUGGUCAGGACGUGGAGACUCAACGAGCGCCAUUAUGGUGCUCUGAUCGGGCUGAAUAGAGCUGAGAUGGCCCUAAACCACGGUGAGGAGCAGGUGAAACAGUGGAGGAGGAGCUAUGACCUCACGCCGCCCCCUAUCGACGAAUCACACCCGUACUUCCUGGAGAUCUACAAUGACCGCCGGUAUUCUACCUGUGAUGUGUCUAAAGAGUUUCUUCCGAAGUCAGAGAGCCUGAAGGAUGUCUUAGAGAGGCUCCAGCCAUAUUGGGACGGCACCAUUGUGCCGGAGAUCAAACGGGGGAAAUUGGUGCUCAUCUCUGGGCACGGGAAUAGCUGCAGAGCCCUGCUGAAACACCUGGAAGGUUUAUCAGAUGCUGAUAUCGUCGAUGUGACGUUACCCACUGGGACACCCAUUCUGAUUGAGCUGGAUGAGAACUUCCGGCCCACCAAACCCAUGCAGCUCCUGGGAGACCAGAAAGCCAUUCAGGCAGCCAUCAGGAAGGUGGAGGACCAGGGUAAGGUCAAACAAACAGCCUGAACAUAGUCAACAUGAUUCUAGUCAUUCUGGAUUGUAGAAUAUAGUCAACUGGAUUCUAGUCAUUCUGGAUUGUAGAAUAUAGUCAACUGGAUUCUAGUCAUUUUAGAUGAUCAAUUCUCUAAACUAGCCAAAUUGACUAGCAUCUGUUUGGCUAGAUUAGAGAAUCUAAAAUGACUAGAAUCCAGAAUGACUAGACUCUUUCUGGAUUGUAGAAUCUAAUCAACUGGAUUAUAGUCAUUCUAGGUCCUGGAUUGUAGAAUUUAGUCAACUGGAUUCUAGUCAUUCUGAAUUGUAGUCAACUGACUGCAUAAUUGUUAUGACUGGAUCCUAUUUGGUACAACGUGGAAACGAAACAAGAUAGUUUGUCCUUCUGUUAAGUGCUGUGCUUACUAGAUUUAACUUCUGUUUGCCAAGAUAAAACCCUCUCAAAGUUAACAUUUAACAUGAAAAUAGGCUGAUUUUGAUUUGACCCUUGUAUUGAGGUUCUUUAGAAUUGAGGAAAUGCUAAGCUGUGUCCCCAACAAAACCAUUUUUUGAAAGAUCUGUCCCACGUGCCUUCAUUGCCAAUAUUUUCUGUAGGACUUUUGCAAUGCGAUGUAGCUAGUUUUUACAGGUGAAUUAUGACUGACAGAAUCCAGCAGGUGAUGAGCCAGCACUAACAAGUACAGGUUAAUUUAUUCAUCAAAACUCUUUUUAAAAGCACCUUUUUAUAACAAAUAUUACCUCAGUGAGAACGACAGCCUGGCUAUUCUUUCCAAGACAGAGCGGCGAUUGUGUGAAGCUUUUUUUUUUGUAUAGAAUUGCUGUAAAUGUUGUUGAAACCAACGGGGCAAACUUGAUAAGAGCGCGUCUUCCAGUGGAGGCUGCUGAGGGGAGGACGGCUCAUAACAAUGGCUGGAUCGGAGCUAAUGGGAUGGCAUCAAACACAUGGAAACCAUGUCUCUGGUGUAUUUUAUACCAUUCCACUCCAGCCAUUACCACGAACCCAUUCUCCCCAAUUAAGGUGCCACCAACUUCCUGUGAUGUCCUCUUAUAUGCUACAUGCUAGUUUGAGAGACUUUCAUAUGAAAUAAUUGUAGGGCUUAUUCAUAAAAUGCCUACAUUGACAUGCUGUAAUAAAGUCAGAUUAAUGAUUUGCUGUAUCAUUUAUUUCAAUUUUUACUGUUGAAAGGAAAAUAUCCCCAUCGUACCUUUUUCUUCUCUACCCAACUUAUCAAUGUCAUUUUUGUGACUUUCAUUUAGUGACGACAAACAAACAUUUGAGUCAAUUGUUAACUUAACCUAAACUAUGUUCAGUAUACUCUUAUGCUCUACACUGAGCACCACUGCAUUUACAAUGUAGUACAGUGCUACUAAAGAUUGUACCUGAUGAGGGUACAAUUAUUAAUAUACUGGCUUGUUUAAAAAAAAAAAAUUGUCUGAUGCUUAUAGACAAAUCCCCCCCUUUUCCCACUUUAAAUCAUAUUUUCUU